UCCUUUCUCUCUCCCUUGCAUCCUUUGCAGGAGAACUGGAGAUUAGUAUUAGAAUGUAUUGCUGCAACAGGCUUCUGGCUGUCUCCCAGUGGAUCACCCUUUUAAAAUGCACCCUCCUUGUAUCUGUCACACAUCUGCACCUUGGCAGUUCCAACACAGACCCAGUCUCUUUUUUGGUGUACAGUCCUGAUGUUGAAGGAUGCUUGGAGGCAGAGGAUUCCGUUGUUCGCUUGAACCAUCAAUGUAACUCCAGCUCGCCAGCACAGCAAUGGCUUUGGGUCUCCCGUCGGCGGCUCUUCAACCUGGGUACUCUUCGCUGCCUGUUGGUCCCAUCUGCUACCAACAGCACAUCCACUGCUAUCUCCACCUACCAAUGUGAUGAAAACUUUUACUUUAUCCGUCGAUGUGAAUCCUUGCUGGAGCAGCUCACAGCUUCACUGCUACCACGGACUUCCAAUGCCACUGGCUUACAGCAGCCGCCAGCAAAAACAGCUAGCCAUUGGUUGAUUUUUGGAACUAAUGAAAGCAUCUGCUCUGCUGUGUUUCAAGAUAUUUACACUAUUCAAGGGAAUUCCAAUGGACGGCCCUGUGCCAUCCCUUUUAAGUACGACAACCAAUGGUUCUACAGCUGUACAAGCACAGGACGAGAAGACGGCCAUCUUUGGUGUGCAACUACUGUUGAUUAUGGCAAAGAUGAAAAGUGGGGUUUCUGCCCAGUAAAAAGUGCUGACUGUGAGGCAUUCUGGGACAAGGAUCCACUAACCCACAGCUGCUACCAGUUUAAUUUCCAGUCAGCACUGUCAUGGGGAGAGUCUUGGACCAGUUGUUUGCAACAGGACGCCAAUCUCCUCAGCAUCAAUGAGAUACACGAACAGACAUAUAUCAAUGGGCUGCUGACUGGUUACAGUUCCACUUUAUGGAUAGGACUAAAUGACCUUAAUGUUAAUGGAGGCUGGCAGUGGUCUGAUGGAGCUCCACUGAAGUAUUUGAACUGGGAGACUGAUCAGCCAAGCAAUUCAGAAGAAGAAAACUGUGCAGUAAUUCGCACUGAGUCCUCUGGUGCCUGGCAGAACCGUAACUGCUAUAAUGCACUUCCCUACGUAUGUAAGAAAAGCUCCAAGAGGAGUCUUCCGCCUGUGGAACCCAUUGAGCCAGAUGUCGUUGUUAAGUGUGAUCCUGGCUGGCAAAGUUAUGGCACUAACUGUUACCGCCUGAAUAGCGAGAACAAGAGCUGGCAAGACGCUAGAAAGAUGUGUGUGCGUAGUGAUGGGAACCUUGCCAGCAUUCACAGUCUGUUAGAACUGGAAUUUGUCACCAAGCAGAUUAAACAAGAUGUGGAAGAGCUAUGGAUUGGACUUAACGACAUCAAGCACCAGAUGCAUUUUGAGUGGUCGGAUGGGAGUGCAGUCACCUUUACGUUGUGGCAUCCUUUUGAACCUAACAACUUCCGGGACAGCAUGGAGGACUGCGUGACUAUCUGGGGUCCGGAGGGGAAAUGGAAUGACAGUCCAUGUAACCAGACACUGCCGUCAAUCUGCAAGAAGCCUGGACUUGUCACCCAGGGGAGCGUUGAAGACAAUCACGGAUGCCAAAAGGGUUGGAGCUGGCAUAGUCCGUCAUGUUACUGGCUGGGCGAUGAGCAGGUAACAUACAGUGAGGCCAUUGCAUCAUGCUCUGCCCGGUCCUCUAGACUGGUCACUGUCCUGAACAGGUUUGAGCAAGCUUUUGUCAACAGUCUUCUGUAUGGGUCAGACAGGAACUAUUAUUGGACAGCACUGCAUGAUAUGAAUAGCACUGGAAUGUUCCGCUGGUAUAGUGGGGAGGAAGUGACUUAUACCCACUGGAACAGAGAUGAGCCUGGUUACGAUAAAGGGGGAUGUGUAGUGUUGGCUACAGGGCGUUCACUUGGGUUGUGGGAGGUAAAGGACUGCGCUUCGUUCAGAGCAAAGUACAUUUGUAUGCAGAGUCUGUCCCCGAUGAUCCCUCUGUUACCUGCAGCUCGUCCAACUCCCAGCCUUAAUGGUAGCUGUCCAGAUGGCUGGAGUUCUGCAUCUAAUCUAAGGCAUUGCUAUAAGGUUUAUUAUUCAGAGAAGCUACAGGAUAAAAAGACUUGGAUCUCAGCUCAACAAUCUUGUCGAGAAAAUCAAGCUCAGCUGCUUAGCAUCUCCAGUGUUGAAGAGGAGCAUUAUGUGGCCCAUUUACUUAACAAAAUAUUUGGUGAAUCAGAACCUGAAAUCCAUGAGCAACACUGGUUUUGGAUUGGUCUUAACCGUAGAGAUCCCAGUGGUGACCAGAGCUGGGCCUGGAGUGAUGGCCAAGGGUAUUCCUACCACAACUUUGACCGAAGCAAUCAGGACGAUGAUGAUAUAAGAAGAUGUGUGGUGCUGGACCUAUCAUCUCUCCAGUGGGUGGCACUUGAGUGUGAGUCUCAGAUGGACUGGAUCUGCAAACUUCCAAAAGGUACAGACAUUAAAGAACCAGAAGUACCAAAAGGAAACACUGAGUGGGUCAAAUUUGAGAAUGCAGAGUACAAAUUUUUCGAGCAUCGCUCCACGUGGCAGCAGGCUCAGCGGAUCUGCACCUGGUUCAAGGCUGAGCUAGUGUCUGUCCACAGCCAGGCGGAGUUAGACUUCCUAGGACAGAACCUACAACAGUUCUCCCGGGGACAGGAGCAGCACUGGUGGAUUGGGCUACACACAUAUGAAAAUGAUGGGCGGUUCAGAUGGUCGGACAAAUCUGUGCUGAACUUUGUGAACUGGGCUCAUGGACGGCCAGGUCGUAUUACCAGAGAGAAGAAAUGUGUCUACAUGAUGGCAAGUCGGGAGGACUGGGGUGAUCAGAAAUGUAUCACUGCCCUACCGUAUAUCUGUAGAAGAAGCAACAUCUCAGUGCCAGUACCCACCCUACCUCCUCUGCCACCAACCACUGUGGGCGGGUGCCCCAAAGGCUGGCUGCCUUUCAUGAACAAGUGUUUUGGGGUGAGAGCAGACAGUAAGGCUGAGGUUAAGACAUGGCAACAGGCUAGAGAUUCCUGCAAACUCCUGGGAGGAGAAAUUGCCACAAUUGACAACUACUUGGAACAAGCGUUUAUUACAUCCAUACUCCCCAAUGUUACCACUGACCUCUGGAUUGGUCUCCACAAUGGACGACAAAGGUUCCAGUGGGAGGAAGGUCAGCCUCUGACAUAUGUGAACUGGGUUCCGGGGGCACCAUCCAGGGAGAGUGCAUCUAAUGGAAAGAUAAUUAGCUGUGCUGCGAUCUGGCAUGGACCUCCUCCUCAGUUCACCGGACGAUGGGAUGACAAACUAUGUUUCGAAAAAUAUGGAUACAUCUGCCAAAUCAGCAAAGUGCCUUCUCUAAACCCACCAUCUGAGCCGUUUCCAUUUCCGCCCAGCACCACUCUUUAUUACAGGAACAGUUCCUUCCUGGUUUUGCAGAAACCAAUGACUUGGUCAGAUGCCCGCCUGUUGUGUGAGACUCGGAAUGCCACCUUGACUAGUAUCCUUGACCCCUUCCAACAGGCAUAUCUGACUUUGGCUGCCACCGGGCAGAAAAACCCUUUAUGGAUUGGGCUGUCAAAUGAGGAGGGUGCCCGGUCUUACUCUUGGGCAACAGAUGACGGAUUGUCAUAUACCAACUGGAGGGAUGGGGAGCCCCAAUACAUGAGUGGCUGUGUGUACAUGGAUGCUCAGGGAACAUGGAGCACGGUGAAUUGUGAUCACAAGCUCCCUGGAGCUAUCUGUAACUACAACACUAAACCAUCCAAGCCACAUAAAUGGAGUCUGAAUAGCAGCUGCCCUAACUCGCUGACGGACUCUGCUUGGAUCCCAUUCCGCGACUAUUGCUAUUCCUUCCACAUGGAGGUCAGUGUGGGCCAGAAGGAUGCCGCCAAGAGGUGCCAGAAAGUUGGUGGGGAGGUUCUGACCAUCGUGGAUGAGACAGAAAACCUUUUUGUUUGGGAACAUCUGCAGACAUAUGAGAGCCGAGGAGCUUGGCUUGGCAUGUCUUUCAGUAUUAAAGAAGGUUCCCUUCUAUGGAACGACAACACACCAGUAAAUUACUCCAACUGGGGACAGCAUGACUCCGGGCCCAGCCUGUUGAGCCCAAAUUCUUGUUAUUGGAUUGAAGGCAGCAACGGAGUAUGGAGCCUAGGUUCCUGCACCAAUAUCAGCAAAUCUGUUAUAUGCAAAUUAUCAAGAGUGGAAGAGGCCAAAUUUGACAAAUCUGUUCUACCACAGCACAGCACGGCAGUGGCGGUUGUAGUAUUGUCCACAUUUGCCCUCUGCAUCUUAAUCGUUGUCAUCAUCUACCUGUACCGACGCAGGAAGCUUGCAGCUGAGCAAGGAGCCUUUGAGAGUGCCAGAUACAGCCGCACUAGUACCGACCCAGGUGAAUCGGCUGAAAAGAACAUCCUUGUGUCAGACAUGGAAAUGAAUGAGCAACAUGAGUAGUAGUCACAGAGUGAUAUUAUGCUAAGUAAGACAGGGGCGUUGGAACAUUCAAGACUUUGAUAUUAGAGGGUGCAGGAUGCCCCUUUCUGAAAAUUCAUUUGUACACUGUCAGUGUUAUUUAGGGGCUGUUGAACAUUGCUGCGCAAUGUGUUCCAAGUUGCUUCAACAUCAAGAAGACAGAACUGUAAAUAUGGACAGACCCCUUACUUUGCCCCUUGCCAAUCUUUACCCUACAUAAGAUCUUUUCUUAAGAAUAGACAGGUAGUCUGGCUCAAGCUGCGUUCACUCUUAUAAACACAAGACUAUGUAUGAGAAGACUGUCUGCCGCUGCCCUGGAUGGAGACCAGGGUACAGAAGAUGAGGAAGGGUUGUGUACCCAUCUACUUUAACACUAUGACCAAAAUUAUUAUUCAUAUCUCCUAAGUGGCUCUUCCAGAUAUACUGUACUUGUUUACCUCUGUAGCCAUCAUGCCAUAUUCCUUGUUCUGUGUGUUUCUUUUACUCUGUCCACUCUACCCCUGACAUAUCAGUAGUACUGCUUCCCCUCAGUGUCUUCUCUCUUCUGUCUGUCUUCCUAAAAUUGGGACCAAAAAUGUGCCUUAGUGCCACUGCUGGGUAUAGUAGAUUAUACUGCACUUUGUCUGCAAAUGAAUACAUUGCACAUAUAUGCCAAGAGUAAACACUGCUUGGAAAUUCCAUCAUUUGCAAGCCAAAAUAAGAACAGAGAAGCCAUUGGGCGGGAUACAUAAUACACAGGAGCGCAACCGCAGUGCCAUGGCAGGAAAAGGAAAGGUUUGCCCAUUUCCUCCUCCGUGAAUGUCCCAUCCUUGUGCCGUGUUUGGUGAAAGGCGUCUCCCAGGACAAAGCAGCACUUGAUGAAGGAGACCCACACCUAGAACACUGCAUGCUAAAUUCAGGGGACAUUACACAGAGCACUAUAUGUAUACUCACAUGUCUGAAUCUGACAUAUGGGUGUAUGUUCAAUGGCAAUAAACGUGAACGCAAUCACA